AUGUCGGUCUUUAAGUUUAAUCGGCAUUCUCAGGGGAAGCCCGAGAAUUUGGGUGAAACCUCUCUAUCGCCACUUUUGCCUCAAGGAGGUUAUGAUUUUAGAUAUGAUUAUGACGAAUUCAACAAGAACUACGAUUUUGAGAAGACGGAGUCAGCUAUGCGGAAAGCCAAACGAAAAGAUAUGGGUUAUACAUGGACAGAUAAAUCGCAUUGGAUUACAAAGCUGUUAUUGUAUUUCAGAAUAAUCAGGUUCAAAAGAGUGCGCAGGACCAGAAUAAGGAAAGAGAAGAGGACCAGACCUAGACAAAAACCACGUAAAGAGUACACCUUAAGUGAUCGGUUAAAAUUAAGGAGAAGACAAGAGAGACAACACCUUGAAAGGCUUGAUCCAAACUCAGUGCAAUAUAAAAUACUUACACAAGAUAGAUCGAAGCUACGACGUAUAACACGAACUGAGUUGUCGAAACACAUGAUACCAUCUUCAAGUCAGGUUAAUAUUGACAGUUUGAGAGAGACGAAGAAUUCCCAAGGUGUUUGGAUGCUGAUACAUGGUUUGGUUUUCGAUAUUUCAAAUAUUUUGGAAGAUCAUCCCGGUGGUGUUGAAUGUCUACUUGAUUGUGUGGGUGUUGAUGCAACAAGGGUAUUUGAUGACGUUGGUCAUUCCGACAUUGCUUGGGAAAUGUUGGAAAAUUCGUGCGUGGGGGUAAUUGAAGACCUCUUCAGUGGUGACGAUGGUAAAGAUGAAGGCCAUGAUGCUGUUGAUGAUUAUGGUAGUAAUAGAAACAAACACAGCAGAGAUAAAAAUAAUGAUAGAAGAAAUAGGGGGGAAACGGUAGGUAUAAAGCGAAUAGAUGAUCAGGACUACACUUACGAAACCGAUUAUGAAAAUCAUACUUCUAGUAAGGAAAAGUUAAUAUGGAACAAGAGUGCAAUUGAAUAUAUAGCAUUUGUUGCAAUUGCGCUUCUGAGUUUUGUUUGCUUGAUAUUCUUACAGUCAAAGAGACUAGAUAAACAUCAAACUAUUUGA